AUGUCCACCUGGGCCGAAAUAAAAGAACUCUCUGCAUAUCUGAAGAAAGUCCAAGCGUCAGAAAGCACCAACUUUCUUUCCGAACGCACAUGCGUCGACAUAGUUUCCUACCUUACAUCAUCGGGACGACUGCGGUUGAUUCAUUCUAUCGACGGCCGAUGUCUUCUUACGAUUAAAGAACUUGACAGAGAAAUCUUAGAGGAGCUCGAGGUGCAUGGCGGACACGUCAGCUUACUGGAACUCUCGGCCAAUUUAGAUGUCGAAUUAUCGAUAAUCGAGACACGGGUUCAAGAACUUGUGGCUUCAUCGGCUAUCGACUCCCCAGCUGACGCUUGCGUUCUCGUCGGCAAUGAUUUAGUUACAAGGGCCUUUAUUAGGCGUGUAGCAGAGGAUUUGAGGGAUCGAUUCGAAUUACGCGGUGUCAUAAGUACGGUAGAACUAUCGCGUAUGUUUGCUUUCCCUCCACACUUUAUCGGAAACAUAAUUACGGACUACAACGGUGUGCUCUUUCGACUCCACAAGGAUAAUGAAAAGUAUUACACAGACACCUACCUGAAUAAACAGAAGGCCAAGGUUCUCGGGUACUUUUCCGCCGCCCUGACACCAAUUCCUGUCUCAUCUGCAGCACCCAAGUUAGAAAUCCCUCAAAAAUUGCUUUCAGAUAUCCUCGAUACGUUGAUUUCCAACGGCAAGUUGCAAGGUACGCUUACGGCUGGCCGGAGUGUUUAUACACCGCGAUGUUUCAGUGUUGCUCAGGACUCUUACCUCAAAUCCUUUUAUUCGCAAAAUGGUUUUGUUGAGUGUAACCUCGCCAGACGUCUUGGAAUAGCUGAUCCAGUUUCAUAUUUCCACAAGAACUUCCCAGGCGCUAUUUACUCACGCGAUGUUUGCGUUAACAGUACUCUUCUAUCUCAGUUAAAGGCGGUACUUACCGAUGAUGCGGAUGAGAACCCAUGGAUAGAUGUGAUGAGUUACCUUCCCCAGCAUUUUGGACCCAAAGAAAGAGAAUGGCUUGUUUCUCCACUUUUGGCCAAGACAAAUCUGGUUCCUCUAUGCGGUUACUCUUUUCUCUGCUCCCGGGACCGUCUCCAGGGCUAUGCUGUCCUUUUUGACGACUCUAUCCGCGAGGCUGCAGAGACAGCGUCCAAGCAGCAGGCCCCAACCUCACAAAGACAAUCAUCAUCCUCUCUGCCUACAGCUCAAGAUGUUGCAACCAAAGCAACAUCAAAGAAAGGUAAAUCAGGUGGCUUCGGUACCGGCGCACGCGAGAUAAAAACGAAGAGCGUUAAAAAGAAGUACAUGAAAAAGUCUGAAUGUCCGGAAGAAAUUCCUCUUGACUCCAUGGAUGCAAGUCUUACAUUGGAGGGGUACCUAUCCCAAGAAAAACUUCUGUCGAUUCUGUUGUGCAGUCUCGGGCCUGAAGCUCCCGAAAACCUGGCUGAAGGAAUUCUCGACGCCUUGCUGCCCGAACUUAAUAUUAAAUUUGCGAGCUUGUUGAAGUCUAUUUUGCUGCAGAAUUCAGACACAUCGAAGAACCGAAAUCGCUUCAUGGUCGAAAAAGAGUUUUUGACACAAACGAUUUUGUCAAUCCAGGUAGGUUUCCCGCAAAUUUGAAGUGCCUGCUCAUUUAACUACCUUACCAGAGCGGAAAAAGUGUCUCAGGUACACCUCGGUCUGCUGGUCGCUUACUUGCUUUUAGUUUUGUGUAGUUUUCCAAAAGAGAGACAGUCUUGCGUUACCAAGUAUCAGAGCGACGUUUUAUUUGAAGUGCUUGCCGCUACUACUUAAUGUUCUGCUCAAACUCACCUAACAUAUAGUUGACAGUCUAAAUGACUGGACUCAUACUUGGGAUCAGAUGAGUGACAUGCUCCGUCUACAUAACAAAUCGGACGUUAUGCACUUUAUAAUUUUGUUCGACCACUAACCUUGUGAUUCAGAUGUGACGUGUGCUAAUUUUACCCACAAUUACUUCGGAAGGUGUUUGCGGACCUUGAUUUUAACACCAGGUGACUGUUCUUUGCCGAAAACUUCACUUCUCCCACAUCCUUCAGCUGAAACAACUUAGUUCAGUCGACCUCAAUGAUUACAUGGCUGGGUAAAAUUUGUACAGUAGGACAGCCGUUUGUUCUUAGUUUAGCUGUGCUCAACGCCGUCUGCCAACAGAAGCCCUGAUACCGGCCUCAAUUUUCAGGAGAGCACGACAGUUUUCUGACGAUGCUAACGCCUCUGUUGUGGUUAUAGUCAUAGCAGCCAAACAUUUUUAUGAAUGUUUUAAGCGCUUUCCGUUGGUGAAAUUUAUGCAUUUUACAACUUUAUGGUGGGUUGUUUUUGUGUCCAUUCUAGCUUUUGGAGCGUGGAGCGAUUGGAGUUGAUGACCCAGACAUCCGCCUUAAAUUGCUGCGUCACUUAAUACGUACUGACGUCUCGGCAUUUGUAAAUCAUCUCUGCGUGUUUCUGGCCCAGUUAUAUGACGUUGAAUGGCCUACUGUCCAAAUGAAACCGGUAAAGCAGGUUCCUACAACCCCUGCUCACGGCACGUCUAAACAGAGACGCAAAACCAAGAAGACAUCUUAUCAUGCUGACGACGACAGUGAAGAUCAAUCCGAGCGAGCAGACCCGGAUCAUGUUCCUGCAGUUGCCGAGCCCGCGCCAACCCCCAUCGAUUCUCCUACUGACAUAACGGGGACUGACCGAGAAAAUCUCUACCAAGCGCUCCACAAAUUGUCAUCUGUAGGGCCUACCCGAGAUGCAGCUGAUUUGCUACAAAGGUUAAACGCCUGUCUCCGUCCUAAUGCAGAACUUCCUGACCUGGGUGGCAGUGGACUGCCACUGGAUGAGAUAUUUAUCCUCUGUGAUGAUCUUGCUGUUAAUCAUCUAGGUGUUAACCUCUCCGUUGCUGUGCUGCGUUGUCCGCUGGCUGGCAGCAAGCGAAAACGCGAAGACAAAAUUAUUGCCCUAAACCUAGCCACUCAGAUUGAGCAGCAACUAACUGCUGCCGCAAAUGAAGCUAGUACCAACCCGUUGUUCUCAAACCUCGCCAAUGUAGCUCUGGCGGCAGCUGGUCUUUUUGGACAGUGCAUUGUCGGCUGGCCCCUUCCUAUCCACGGAAAACUUGUGCCCCAGUUGUCCACUUGGAUUAGAACCAAACUUAAGGCCCCUCAUUCAGAGCUUAAGACCACUUUCCCUAGUGCUCUAAAAGAAUUACAGAUUUCCAAAGCCGGUGACAGUUUGGUCUGUCUGAAAGACGAGAUUCUAGCUCGCGCUCGUGGCGAUGCAGGUUUGUCGGACGAAGAUGUCGCGACUCUGGUUCGCGAAAUCCAAAAUAUUGGAUCAAAGUGUCGCCAGUGUAUGGACUUCCCUUCCGCAACCUAG